AUGCCUAGAGAAGCUGGAGGUUCGGCUUCCUUUCCGAGACUCUUAAAUCAAGAAGCAUGCGAUGCCUUGUUGAAAUUCCGGAAAGCGGCUUCGUACAUCGCAGCAGCGAUGAUAUUUUUGCGUGAUAAUACUCUUUUGAAGAGAGACCUCAGCGCUGACGAUAUUAAGCCCCGUUUGCUUGGUAAGCACAUCUUCUGUUUCCUCAAUCUAUCAUCAUAUGAUAUUCAUACAGUCUACUUAGGACAUUGGGGAACAUGUCCAGGUCUGAUUUUGGUAUAUUCACACCUCAAUUAUCUGAUCAGAAUGAAGGACCUUGAUAUGCUCUAUGUUGUUGGCCCAGGACAUGGCGCUCCUGCAAUAUUGGCCUCUCUAUGGCUGGAAGGCUCCUUGGAGAAGUUCUAUCCAAAGUAUUCUCGAGACUCCCAAGGUCUUCACAAUCUGAUAUCCUCAUUUAGCACAAUGGCUGGGCUUCCAAGUCAUAUCAAUGCCGAAACGCCUGGUGCUAUCCAUGAAGGUGGGGAACUGGGUUAUGCCUUGGCUGUAUCAUUUGGUGCUGCCAUGGACAACCCUGAUCUUAUUGUUCCUUGUGUCAUUGGAGACGGCGAAGCUGAAACCGGUCCUACGGCUACGUCUUGGCAUGCAAUUAAGUAUCUGGACCCCAAGGAGUCUGGGGCUGUUCUACCUAUCCUUCACGUCAAUGGCUUCAAAAUUAGCGAGCGCACGAUAUUUGGUUGCAUGGACAACAAAGAGCUCGCAGCCCUGUUUUCUGGAUACGGAUACCAGGUCCGCAUAGUGGAAGAUAUUAAUGAUAUCGACACGGAUCUUCACUACUCCCUUGCCUGGGCUUUGGACCAAAUCCACAAAAUCCAGCAAGCUGCUCGAUCUGACAAGCCAAUUCUUAAGCCCAGGUGGCCGAUGCUUGUUUUGCGCACUCCGAAGGGAUGGUCCGGACCAAAACAACUUGAUGGUCACUUUAUCGAAGGCUCUUUUCACUCCCAUCAAGUGCCAUUGCCAAAGGCCAAGACCGACAAAGAGCAGCUGCGUCUCUUACAGAGCUGGCUUUCCGGUUAUCAGCCACGAGAACUCUUCACAGAGAUGGGUGACGUUGUAGACGAGAUCAAAUCCGUUAUACCAACCAAUAAUUCGAAGAAAUUGGGCCAGCGAAUUGAGUCAUACAAAAGUUAUAUCCCACCAAAGCUUCCAGUCUGGCAAAAGCUCUGCGCCAAAAAGGGGUCAGAGGAGAGCGCCAUGAAAGCAGUUGGCAGAUUCAUCAAUGAGACCUUUAUCCAGAAUCCCCGCAAUGUUCGACUCUUCUCCCCCGAUGAGCUGGAGAGCAACAAGCUCGACGCCGUGUUUGAGAGUACCAAUCGCAACUUCCAGUGGGAUGAAUUCGCCAAUGCGCGUGGGGGUCGAGUUAUUGAGGUUCUCAGCGAGCACUUGUGUCAAGGUUUCCUGCAGGGGUAUACCCUGACGGGUCGCACAGGCAUCUUUCCAUCAUACGAGAGUUUCCUCAAUAUAAUUCACACAAUGAUGGUCCAAUACGCCAAGUUCACUAAGAUGGCCAAAGAAACCCAAUGGCGUUGUUCGAUCAGCAGUAUCAACUAUAUAGAGACCAGCACUUGGACACGUCAGGAGCAUAACGGAUUCUCUCACCAAAAUCCCUCGUUCAUUGGUUCUGUCCUUAACCUGAAACAUACGGCUGCUCGCGUCUAUUUGCCGCCAGACGCAAAUACUUUCCUCACAACGAUCCACCACUGCUUGAAGUCAAAGGAUUAUGUCAAUCUGAUGAUUGGCUCUAAACAGCCGACACCCGUAUACCUGACGCCGGAGGAAGCAGAAAAUCACUGUCGUGCAGGAGCGUCUGUCUGGAAGUUCUGUAGUACAGACGACGGACUAGAUCCCGAUGUGGUGCUGGUGGGUAUUGGCGUUGAGCUUAUGUUUGAAGUUAUACAAGCUGCUGCGCUUCUAAAACAACGCAUACCAUCCCUGCGAGUCCGCGUGAUCAAUGUGACUGAUUUAAUGAUACUUGGUAACGAAGGAGAGCAUCCUCAUGCCCUGGAAACUGAGGCAUUCGACAAUCUUUUUACCAAGGAUAGGUCUAUCCAUAUUAAUUAUCAUGGCUACCCGGCUGAAAUGAAGGGGCUACUAUUUGGUAGGCCCCGACUUGAACGUGUCUCGAUUGCCGGGUACAUGGAAGAGGGCAGCACGACCACUCCCUUUGAUAUGAUGCUCGUAAAUCGUACCUCGCGCUAUCAUGUUGCGCAGGCAGCUGUACGGGGCGCAGGAAAGUACAACGAAAAAGUUCGUGUCCGUCAGCACGAAUUAGAUGCUGAGUUCCAGAAUAAUAUUGUUCAGACUCGGAAGUACAUAAUUGAACAUCAAGAGGAUCCGAAUGAGAUGUACGAUAUGCCAACUUUCAAAUAG